UAACAGACUCAUGGUCCCUCUCAUUGUGAUGAAUGUGUUCUGGGGCUUCCUCGGCUUUUUGGUGCCCCGGUUCAUCCCUAAGGGUGCCAGUGAGGGAAUUAUCACCACCAUGCUGGUGGCAUGUUCAGUGUGCUGCUAUCUUUAUUUGACUGAUUGCCAUUCUGGCCCACCCAACCCUCUCUUUGGACCGCAGUGGGAAAAUGAGACCAUUUGA